CGAGGCAGCCGCUGGCCACAGGUCCCUGUCCCUGGCAGAGGCAGGCUACGCCGAGGCUCGGCGGCUGCCGGCACCGCCAUGGAGUUCGCCGAGCUGAUCAAGACGGCGACAGUGGAGAGCGUGCUGCUGUCGUGCGUGGGGCUACCGGCGGUGAAGGGCACCCUGUGCAUCACCAGCCACCACCUUCUCCUCUCCUCCUGCCCCGGGGGGGACAGCCAGCCCGGUACCGUGGAGCUCUGGCUGCUCAUCCGCAACGUGGAUGCCGUGGAGAAGAGGCUCGCUGGCUCCUCCGGCACCAUCACGCUCCGGUGCAAAGACCUGAAGGUGCUGCAGCUGGAGAUCCCGGGCAUGGAGGAGUGUCUCAACAUCGCCAGCUCCAUCGAGGCCCUCUCCUCGGUGGACUCCGUGAUGAUGAUGUACCCGUUCUUCUACAGACCCCAGAGCCUGAAGCUCGAGGAAGGAUGGAACCUUUUCCCCCUCGAGCAGUACUUCCAACAGAUCGCCUUGCAGACGAGCCAGUGGCGGCUGAGCGACGUGAACCGGGAUUUCACCACCUGCCCCACGUACCCUCCCGCCGUCAUCGUGCCGGCGGCGGUGGACGAUGAUGCCUUGCGGAAGGCUGCCCGUUUUCGGCAGGGCGGGCGAUUCCCCGUCCUCAGCUAUUACCACCCCAAGAAUGGCACCGUGAUGCUCCGCAGCAGCCAGCCGCUGACGGGCCCCAAUCGAAAGCGCUGCCGCGAGGACGAGAUGCUGCUGGGGACGGUCCUGGAUGAAGGGGAACGGGGCUUUAUCAUCGACACGCGGUCGGCCCAGGCGGCGAAGCAGGCUCGGAUGACGGGGGGGGGCACGGAACCCAAGUCCUCCUACCCGCGGUGGAGGAGGCUGCACCGGCCCCUGGAGAGAGGCCGCCCGCUGCAGGAGAGCUUUAUUAAGCUGGUGGAAGCCUGCAACGACACUUCGAUCAACAUGGACCGGUGGCUGAGCCGGCUGGAGAGCUGCCGCUGGCUGAGCCACGUCAAGGCGGCCCUGAGCACAGCCUGCCUGGCCGCACAGUGCAUGGACAGGGAGGAGGCCAGUGUGCUGGUGCACGGGGCGGAGGGAACGGACACAACGCUGCUGGUGACGGCGCUGGCCCAGGUGAUCCUGGAUCCGUCCUGCCGCACGCUGGUGGGCUUCCAGGGGCUGCUGGAGCGGGAGUGGAUCGAGGCUGGCCAUCCCUUCCACCUCCGCUGCGCCCGCUCUGCCUACUCCCAUGCCCGGCUGAAGCAGGAGGCACCGCUUUUUCUCCUCUUUCUUGACUGCGUGUGGCAGCUGAGCCGCCAGUUCCCCUUCUCCCUGGAGUUUGGGGAGCACCUCCUCCUCACCCUCUUCGACAACGCCUACGCUUCUGACUACGGCACCUUCCUCUGCAACAACGAGAAAGAGAGGUGCCUGUGUAAAGUGAAGGAGACCACGCACUCCCUCUGGGCUUGGCUGAACCAGCCUGGAGAGAAGAAGAAGUACCUGAACCCUCUCUACUCGCACAACGCCCUGGUCAUCUGGCCCUCCGUCGAGCCCCAGAGCAUCGAGCUCUGGCAGGGUUUAUUCUUCCGAUGGAUCCGUUCAUCCCAGUACCUGGACGAGGCCUGGGCAGAGAUCGAGCGGUUAGUAGAGGGCAACAAACCCCCUGUCAAGGAGAGCGCAGGGAACAGGCUGAGCCGGUCCCUCUCCGACCCUGCUGCCCGGACAGAGAACGAAAGAUGAACAGCAGCAUGGGCAAUUCAGUCCCCGUGGGCUGCCGGUCCAAGGUGAUGCUGCAGCUUUCUGUGGGAAGCGCUGUGCAGGACACAGGCCCUGCCGAGCCCGGAGGACAGCUCUGGUGGU